CACCCGUUAGUCAAGAACCCUAACCGUCAGCCCUCCCGUCGUCCGGCAUCUGUGUUUCUUUAUGCCGCUGGUUAAGGGGCGCCGUCGUCCGGCAUCUGUGUUUCUUUAUGCCGCUGGUUAAGGGGCGCCGAGCGAGCGUAGAUCGCCCUGGCCGGACGCCUCCUGAGACCAGCCAAAUCUAGUUGUUGAUCUCUGACCGAGCGGACUCCUACGUUCUCCCCUCGAGUUCGGCUCUUCGUCAAGAUCCGGUACCAGAUCCCUCCCAAAGAUCGUUUUGAGGCGCCAAAAGGUUUCAAGAAGAUGCCACGGACAAGUGCAUUGGAGUGCCCUGGAUGCCCACCUUUGAGAGCCUUGACGACUGACGUGCUCGGUCUUGUAAAAGUUGUUGAAGCUCAUGGAAAGACUGGAAUUCCAAAGGUGGUAGAAACAUGGGGGCAGCCAGAUGCUUCAUCUUGUGUUCUUGCUGCUUCUUAUUCUGAUCGCAAAACUGAUCCGCUUUUGGCUGUUGCUCGCAAGAAUGGUUUGGUUGAGUGUCUAAAUCCUAUUAAUGGAGAGGCUUUGGGCAUCACUAAGAUCGAUCAACCCUUAUCACUGGAUGGCUCUCUUAAUGAUGAUCGUGUUGUUGGAUUGCAUCUCUUCAAAACUAAAGGAAUUGAUGUUCCAUCAAGGUCAGUUUCAUUACUUACCUGUCUGGAAAAGGGUAAUGCUUGCUUGAGGUCCAUUCCCGUCAGUGAUGCGCCAGAAAACUCAACUACUGCUUCUCAUAUUACAUGGAAUGUAUGCUCUUCUGGUAAAAUAAUAUGUUCUUCAGUGGAUAAAAGUGAGAAUUAUGCCUUAUUUGGAGGGAAGGGCAUUGAAUUGAACAUGUGGGAUCUUGGAAAAUGCAGUAAGAUCUGGAGUGCAAAAUCUCCUCCUUCUAAUAGACUUGGUAUAUUCUCUCCAACUUGGUUUACUGCUGCAACUUUUCUGAGUGAAGAUGACCAUAGAAAAGUUGUGGCUGGCACGAACAAUCAUCAGGUUCGUCUUUAUGAUACUUCAGCACAGAGGAGACCUGUAAUUUCAGUCGACUUUAGAGAUUCUCCAAUUAAAGCAGUUUGUGAAGAUCUAGAUGGCUAUACAGUCUAUGUAGGCAAUGGUUCUGGGGAUCUUGCUUCAUUUGAUAUGAGAACAGGAAAAUUGAUGGGAUGCUUUAUUGGUAAGUGCUCUGGAAGCAUCAGAUCUAUAGCGAGACAUCCAGAAUUUCCUGUGAUAGCAUCUUGUGGAUUGGACAGCUAUUUGCGUGUGUGGGAUGCAAAGACGAGACAACUUCUAUCUGCGGUUUUCCUCAAGCAACAUCUAACAAAUGUGGUGAUCGAUUCACAUUUCUCAGACGAAGGUUCCGAAGGCAAUACUUAUGAUCAACAAGCUAAUCUACAAGUAUGGGAUGAUACUGAAACUGUAGAUAAUGAUGAAUUGCCAAUCUCUAGCGGUGAGAAAGCAUCUAAAAGGAAGAGAGUUGGCAAAGUCAAGAAGAAAAGGAAGACUAUCGACCAAUACGAUGAUGAAACAAGUGGAGCCCAUGUAUUAAGUCAAGCUGAAUCUGAAGUCAAUAGUGUCUUGCCUCCUCUCAAACAGGAAAAAUCAUCAGAUGAGCACAGCAAGAGGCUCAAGCAGAAAAAGAGCAAGAAGUUUUUGCCAUGAAGGAGGCAUGGCCAUCAAGAAAGUUGCGGUGAAGGAUGGGUGAGUCGGUGAUAAUUCCAUAAUUUGUGACGACCAGGACUGAGCCCACCACCACCACCGGGGAAAAACCAAACUUACUCGAGAUGUCCAACACUCUAAUGAAAAGGAGGGAAACUAGAUUUGAGUGUUGAAUUUUUUAAAAGAGUGUUUUAGAAUUUGAAGAGCUAAUCAGAUAAAGGCUUAUGGAUUCUUUGAGAAUUUGUUUGUGCUAUUGCAUCGCACAAAGAUGUUAGAAUAGUGGUUUCGAAGGUAAAAUUAAUGUUAAAAUAGUUAUAUGCAAUUAGAAUUUUGAUAGUUAUAUGCAAUUAGAAUUUUGAUAGUUAUACUGGAA